AUGUCUGGUCAACACGUCCGUCAACCAUCAUCCGAUGAUGUGCGUCAACACAUCAUAUCAUCCCUCUUCACUAAACGGGAUGAAGACGGAACACCUGAUGAAACGUUGAUAUCGUUCUUGAAAGUGUACGAAGAUGAUCCAGGUGAUACUCAUGCUGGACAGAAAUCGAGGUACUUGAUGCUAGCUGUAACGAAAAUGGGCAAAGUGGUGGUCCAUAAAGCUAAACGAAACAAUAAUCUAUCAUUUUCAAAAGGUAAAACAUGGCAAUUAGAAGAUGUGAGAAUCCUCGAAGUCAUAGGACCAACGGAUUUCGCAUUGACCAUGACUAUACGUCGAUAUCACUGGACGACUGAACGUGCAAAGGAUCAAAGUCAUUUCUUGAAUUCUGUAGUGAAAGUAUAUAAGACAUAUACAAAGGGGGAUGUACCGGAACUGAUUAAUUUUACACCACCUGCUCAACCAAUGCCAGGUCAACCAGGUCAAGGACACAAUGGAAGUGAUUAUUUCCCCUCUCCACCACCUAUGGAUAGAGCCGGGUCAUUUUCAUCUCCCUUGGGUCGUUCGAUGGAUCUUGCACCGCCAAAUAUCAUGAAACAGACUCGUUCAGGUUCAUCCUCAUCCAUGGCAUCUGGUGGAUCAAAUUAUCAUUCUCAUUCAAAUGAUGGAAGAUCCAGACCUUCAAUGGAUGAAGAGCGUCGUCCUUCACAACAAGGUCAAGCACCUGGACAAGGACAAAGUGGAUUCGGUCGAUCUCCAUUAGGGGAAUCGUCGAUACGUAAACCAUCUAUAUCUGCAACUGACCCAGUUAUCGCUAGAUCAACUUCACCUAGAAAUACGCCUACCAACCUACCGCCUACUUCCACAGGUCUUGGAAUAGGUGUAGGAGCGCCACCAUCUGUCGGACAGAGAAAGAAUUCAGAGGAUAGGCUAGGUCCAAGCGGAUUAAGAAAUUUCUCGGCUGCUUCAGAAUACGAUAACAACGGGCCUAAUCAAAACAAUAGAAUGACGAGAAAAGUUUCUAAUGAGGGUAUGAGAGCUAUUCAGGAGUCAGAGAGGGAUAUACCACCAAGUUCGCCAGUGAGGAGAAGUAGAGAACAAACAGUUCCUGCUACUUCAAUGUCUAACCCUAGCUCUACUCUACGCCCACCACCUAUACAAUCUGAUUCAUACAAUAUGCAAACUCCGAUAAUCACAACAACAGAAGCUUCCCCUCUGAUCCCUACAACGUCAUUCUUCCCUUCUCAGGCGUCAGCGCCAGCUCCCGCUCCUGCGCCUACCACUGAAAAGAAAUUAGUUAGAAGAGCGUCUUUCCAUCCUCCACCUCUAGAUACUACUUUUUCAAGGGAAGUGUUGCUUAAAUCAAAAACUGGUAUCUUGCCCGGUGCGGUCGGACUAUCCCUUGAUGACGGCCAAGAAAACGAUCAAGCGGUCAUGAAUAAUGUGGAAGAAAUGCUUGAAGGAUUCGAUUGGACUGCUGGAUUCUCCAAUGGGACGAUGAUUGGGGAAAGAAAGAAAGGAGGUGCAGAUGCUAUUGAGGGUAGAUUGUUGGAUGAACUGGCCGCUUUAGACUCGGCCAAUAUUCACGCUUUCCUGGAAUCAGACGAUCGAAUAGCUCAGGUAUUAGGACAUAUAGAUGAAGCUCUGCUAGAAUUAGAUGAUAUCGAUCUUCAAAUAACAGGAUAUAAAAUGCAGCUCAACGCUGUAUCAGACGACAUCUCCUUCAUAGAGUCUCAAAAUCGAGGUUUACAAGUACAAACAUCCAAUCAGCAAGCUCUGUUAAACGAGCUGAGGCAGCUACUUCAAAUCGUCGAAGUCCCACCAGAAGACUUACGUAUACUCGCGCAAGAAUCACCCAGUACACCCAGAGGAGUGCAAACUCUCGAGCAAGCUGCAGCGUCUUUGUACAAGGCGUUACAAGCAGGUAUGGACAGCGCCAAUGCCGAAGUUGCUGCUACUAUUGCUCGAAUGCAGGAGUAUCGUGAAAAUAGUUCUCAAUUCUGUAAGAGGGUAUCAGAUUACUUGGAUGUCACUUUCAAAUAUCAGUCCGACUCCACCUUGUCGGAGUACCGUAAGACCGCAAAGAAGACCAUGUCGCUCUCACCUCACAGAUCAAUGGGCGAAUAUCUAAUGACUUACGAAGGUCUGGUGUUGUAUGUCAAGGAGAUGGAUGAGGAGAGGUAUCAAAAGCUUUGUUCUAACUACAUGUCAACAUCGAGUCAACUCCAUCAAGCGGAAAUGAAGGAUCUUUUGAUGAACUUUAUGGGAUCACUGAAUGCUGCAGUGGGAGAUCAGUCCAAUGAUGCUUCCUUCACGGUUGCCGCUGGACCUGCCAGUAACGUCGGAAAACCUUCUGCCCUGCUCAAAUCCAAAAAUGCUAUCGGCCUAGGAGGAUCAGCUUCAAGCAAUCCACAAACUAAGAGUAACAAGAAAGGUGAUGAUUACUCUUCCAGAGCAUCAGAUCUCUACCGACAAGCUUUGACAGCGAUGAUCAACCAGAUCGUUUCUGAAGAAGACUUCAUUUCUGCAUUCUUACAUCUAACUGAUACAGAGUCUACUUUUGCGGAUCAUAUGGAGUUGGAUAGUUAUUUCAGGAGACAAGCUGCAAGACGUGCAAGUAAAGGUAUGAGUGUAGGUAUGAUGCAACUGGUGAGGAGUAUGAUGGACUUAGUGUUUGGAUUCGUCGAGGGUGAAUUGAGACAAUGGACCGAAGCCGCGAUUGAGAAGGCUCCAGCAUCAAUAGUAGGAAUUAUCCUAGUCACUGAAAGGUUAGCGAAAGAAGCAGAAGAAGAAAACACCUCGAUCUUCUUCGCGCAAUUAUUCGAUAAACAACUUUCAAGACAAAGGCAAAUGUUGGAUUACUUCGUCAAUGAGCAAAUUCGAGUGAUCGAAGCGUCGAAAUCAACCAUCAGAAAACGAAAAGGAGUAGCAUUUUUCGUCAAACAUUUCCCCAUUUUCAUUGAAAAAAUGGAAGCUCAACUUGUUGAUUCCGAUGACUUGCUCAUCAGAAGCAAGGUCAACGACAUAUACGAAAAGGUAGUAAAUAGCGUUCUCGGAAGUCUGCAACAGUUAGCUAAGUUGGAUCGAGCCGACGGUCAAGCUGCGGAAGAUAAAGGUCAACUGAAUUACCAUGUUAUCAUGAUUGAGAACAUGCAUCAAUUCGUCGAAGACGUCGAGAAACUGAGUUCGCCAGUCUUGAGUGUAUCUCUGCAACGUGCCAAAGGCUUGUAUGAGGAGAACAUGUCGAUUUACGUAAAAAUGAUGCUGAGGCGGUCAUUCGGAAGAUUCAUGGACUUCUUUGAUGGCAUUGAAAGGCUGUUGACUACAACUCCACCUUCAGAAGUGCCAUUGCACGCGGCAUAUAAUCGAUCAUCCUUGAAAAAAAUAUUGAAAGAUAAUGGAUUGAAAGAUAUGAGGAAAGCAAUCGAGGUCAUAUCGAAAAGGGUCGAUAAACAUUUCUUGGAUGACGAGGAUGCGUCUUCUUCCAGCAACAGCUCGGGACUUGUUCAGACUGUCUGGAGAGAAAUAACAUCCGGACUGAUAAAAGAAACGGUCAGAGCGCAGAACAUCAUAUCCAAAAGUUAUGCGGAUUCAGGAUUGGGUUUGGAAUAUGGACCUGGGGACGUCGAUAGUGCUUGUAAGAGGUUGAAGUGA